AUGACGAACUCUGCGGAAGAGUUAUUCUCAAAAGAAGCCUUCGAUUUUUCCGAAUACUUUAUUGAAAAGAAGCCAAACGAAUGGAAAGAGCUUGACUUCCUUAAAUGGCUGAAUGAAAAGGAGUAUAAACUAGUUCACACAAAUUUACCAAUCCAAGAACGAAAAGGAAAAUGGCAUGGUCUAUUUAAGAAAUCUCUAGAAAUUGUUAGAUCUCGGUGUAAGAGCUUUUUGGAGCAGGCGACAACCAAUGACCAGGACCACUUGAAAUCUUUUGCCAAAACUGCAUUAAAGUCUGUAAAUUAUCAACGAAAAAAUUUGCCACACGUUAUAGAGACAUGGCUAGCUCCAUAUUGGAUAGCCGUCUUGACCACACGUCACAGAGACAUGGUUAGCUCCAUAUUGGAUAGCCGUCCUGAGCAUACAACCACUUUACAACUAUUCUGUAAAACUAAAAUUCCGAGUAACGUUUCUGAAUGGUGGGAACAUGUUACUACACAAAUGGAACUUAAGAACACCAAAAAACUUGAAAAAUUAGUUAUGGCUAAAGACUCUCUAUCUCAGUGGACAGCAAGUCGAAAUGAGAGAACAAGAAAGAGAUUUUUGGAAGUAGAUACAUUAGAUGAAAAUGAUUUGAAACAUGAUGAAAAGAUUUCCAAAAAAAUCUGUCAAAGCACCAAUGAACUACUACUAACUCCCGCCUUGGACGAUGGCAACAAUGACAAAAAAGAGAUCGUCCCUUCAAUCAAGCAUAAUCUUAGAAAGAUUGAGAGAAAAAAUUAUGCUGAAAACACUUCAUCAGCUGACGAGUUAGAUUUGGAUCAUCUGGAGGAAAAGAUAGUUGGCGAAUUAAAUUCUGAGAUAUCAUCUAUCUAUGAGGACGAUGAUGAAGAAAAUUCUUUAGAUGGCAGUUCUGAAGAAGAAGAUACAGCCGAACUUGCAAAUAUGUCAUUUAAUUCUUUUGUUGGUUCAAAAACUGAUAACAAAAAUUAUAAUUGGAAAUUAAAAAAUAAUGAAAGCGUAAGAGGUCGGCUUAUAAAUAUGACAAAAGAAGCGAUUGAAGAAGCAAAAAAAACUGAAAAAGUAGACUCGAAACUAAUGAGUGUUAUAAGGUUGGGACUGUCAUCCAUCAUAGAUCUUUCGUCGGAAUUCAAAGGAGGCAUGCACUCCUGGUUCGGGGACAAUUGGAUACCAUUAAAGAAUGAAGUGUUAUCAAAAAUCAACUUGAAAGUUGAAAGGUUCACAGGAGAAGUAUCAGAAUUAAUCACAAAAGUAGAAAAUCUAUGUGAUUCAUAUGACUAUUUGGGGGCACGAAAACUUGUAUUAGAAAAAGUAAUGGAACGACCCAUUGAUAGCCCUAUUUUAGACAUAAUAUUCUCAGAUCAACGAGAUCAUGUUAGAUUGAUAUGGGGAGAAUCAGUUUCACAAGUCACUAAUGAUUCAAGAAGAAAGAUUGAUCUUUGUAUAAGAACUGAGGAUGGCACCAAAGAGUUGAGCCAUUCCGAAUGUGCUCGGGAAGCUACGUUUAUAAAAAUUUUAAAAGACCGCAGUAAAUCUCUGAGAACUAAUAAAUGUAUACUCAACAACUACCUUGAAAACAAUAUUCUUGAUGAAACUUUAGAAGAUACAGCAAUUUUCGGGUUACAGUUGGCAGCUUUGGAAGGUCAAUUAAUUGGAAUUGAUUUAUUGGAUGAAGGACUUUAUUUUGGAUUUGAUGGACCAGCUUUUAGGUUUCCCGCACAGAUUUGUAGUAUUGGUGUCUUAAGACAAACAUUAGAGGUUUUUUAUUGUUUUAAGGAGAAAGUCAUCAAAAAAGCAAAACAUUUACUUCAGAAUUCAAGCGAAAAUAAGAUUACCAAACUUCUACAUUCCGAAAAUAUCGAAAGGUCAAAUCACUGCAAAAUCAAUUAUACCCGGGAAACUUAUUUUGAACCAAAACAAAAAUCUUUAGUCAACGAAUCCAAAAAUUUAUAUGUUAAAUUUAAAAACAAAUAG